AUGAAUUCGAAGUUGGAGCGGGCAACUAUCGCGCAGAAGAUUCAAGUGUUGGACCACUUCCAUUCGUCAGGAAAUUCGCAGAUGAAAACAGUCCAUAAAUUCAAACAUGAAAUGUCAAUAUCAAAAUCAUCUUUAAGCGAAUGGCUUAAACGGGAAGACGACAUACGACAAAGAUUUGCCCAAGAGGAAUUCAAAAUGUCCAAGAAUAGCCGCAGGAAAGUGAAAUUUAAAUACGAAAAGAUAAAUAAAGCCAUGGACAAACUAGUGCAAACGAGAUUGGACAAGAAUGAGCCAAUCACUGAACCAAUAUUGAGAGAGUAUUGGUCUGUAUAUGCUCACCAGUAUGGAGUGGAUGAUCCCAAACGAUUGGUUAGCUUUAGUCAUGGAUGGUUGAGCCAAUUUAAGAAGAGGCACGGUUUACAAAGAAGCUCAGUGUCGAAAAGGAGCUCACCAAGGCGUCAAAAUGGAAACAGGCAUGGUGAAAACGAUGUUGAAAUGAAAACGGGGUCUGAAUCUGAUGCAGAUAAUGGCUAUGGAACCGGUGGUGACAAAACAAACAACCUUUCUCAGGUGCAAUCCUUGCAGGAUAAGGAUCUUGAUCCACAGUUACAGGAAGCGGGGUCGCCAAAUCUGCCGACUCACCGCAACAAACGAGAGCGCUCAAAGAUCAUGAAACAAACGCAUGAAAAUAUAGACCGCGAUACUGCGAAUGUAUUAGCAUCAAUCUCAAACGACUCCUCGUCAACUUCAGAAGAUGCUGACCUACGACUUGAUUCAGCCAAGGACACAAAAGUGACACAGAUUCCUCCAUUGUCCCACCUCCCACUACAUGACAAUAUACGCCGGCUAUUUGUGCACCAUCCAUCGAAUAAGCAGUCAGUAGAGCUGAUUAAUUUACAAAAAGAUAGUGACACCGAAGCGAUUCGACGUUUGAACCAACAUCACAUAUUGAAGCCAGUAUCUAACAAGGAACAAGACUCGCCACAACCACAUCAUAAAAGCCUUUCUCAAUCCACGAAGGAUGUAGCAGCGGCACUAGAAACAAAUACUAUCGAGUUGUCCAAUCCAGUUGAUAAAAAAGCUACCCAGCAACCAAUUGCAACCAUUCAGUCACAGGAGUCAGUGUCAGAGCUAGAACCGGAGGCAGAGACAGAGCCAAGUCCUACAGAGUCCAAGGGAUUGGGAAAUAACAAAGAGCAAGCCAUUGACAUGGAAAGAUUUAUCCGCGACACUGCCGCAAGAUUCUUUCAAACAAAUGCACAACAAUACCCCAAAACAUACAAGCUAUUUCAACAGUUUAAAAAAGAGUUUCUAGAUGAAUUAGCCAUCACCAGAAAAGAAAAGAAAAUCCAGGGUUAG